UUAGUGAGCUAUUUUUAUGGAUCGGAUCGGGUUAGAGUGGAAGCCACUGCCGCUGCCGCUGCCGCUGCGCAUGCGCAUGGAUUGUCGAGGAGUCGAGGAGUCAGUGGUGGCUGCAGGUGCUGGGGGUCUUCUCUUCCAUAAUUGUAAUUAGAAUUUACUUUCUGAAACGUUUUCCCUCAUAAAAGAUCCAGUGCGAGCUGUCUGUCUGCCUGUCUGUACGAGUAUUUGUUGUUCUUGGCGCACAUGUUGCCUUUCCUUUGGAGUUCGAGUUGGAGUUUGCAUUUGAAAAUAUCAACGUGCACUUAAUGCACUUGAGAUGCACUGCUGCACCAUAUGGGGUCCCUUGGCGUUGCUUCUGUUGCGGCAUCAUCUGUCUCUGGGGCGUUUCGGAAUAACCUGUUACCUCGUAUCUGGCUAAAGAUGAAUCGAAAAAUAUGCCACAACACGGCCAUCCCGACUGGCAUUCGACUGCGUUUAAUUAACAAUUAAUAAUAUUUUAAUUUGCGCACGAUUGGCGCUGCCGUGGCCGUUGACAGCAUCGAAUAUUAUGUUAAUGACAGUCGGGUAGUUGGGAAUUGGAUAAUGCCCACAGAUCCCAGCCAUUUGCCCUGGUAAUUCUUCAUUAAUCAGCCAGCGCGCAAUCGUUUGCGGAAAAAGCAGAGCAGGGCAGAGAAAGGGAGAACAGAAAUCCGAGGACAUCCGUGGAAAAUCGAGCGCGACACCAAACCUAAUUGCAAGUUAUGAAUAUCUCAUCGAAUAUUAAAUCGCUUAACUGCCAACGGCCAUGGAUGGAUGGGCUGCUGCAUCCACAUGAUGAUGAUGAUGAUGCCGAUGAUGAUGGGGAUGAUGGAGAUGAUGAUGUGAAUGAAUGAGGAUGGUCUGUGUGCGUGUGGCUGGCCUGACUGUUUGGCCCUGGGCGGAAGUGGCGACACUUAAUUGUGUAUUGAGUGCGUUUUCAAUUUUAUUGAGCUGUGUGCCUGCCGCUCUGAAGAGUAAUGUGAAGUAUUGCGGUUUGGUCAUUAAAUCUGUGUGUGCCCGCUCUGCAGGAAAGUAUGCUAUGGAACCCGUAAACGAGGGCCCUCUGUAACUCCCAGAACUCAUCAGCAUUAUCUAAGCAAAUUAUCACGUAAUACACGAGGCUACAAGUAUUCUCUGCCGCAGUAUAUUUUGCUAUCAGUAAGUCACAUGCAAAAAUAUUCCGACCCCACUAUCUUCAGAUACCCCCGAACAGAAGCCAGUCUUCAGAAGCUAUCCAGCCACAACGGUCGCACAAAAUGGCAACGAAAAGCAGUAUCUCCUGGUUCCACAUGGCUCUGGUGACCUUCGUGGGCUAUCGAACUUUGGCCCUGGACUAUGAGGAGUGUGCCAGUGCCCCCAAACUGGGUGUCUACGUGGCCAGCCACAGCAAUUGCUCCAAGUACAUUUACUGCGCCGGAGCGGGUUCCUUCGAGGCCGAGUGCCUGGGCGAGCACUACUACGACGAUAUCACGGAGCGGUGCGUGGAUCGCGCCCUGGUGAAGCGAUGCCAGGCAAAGGGAUCGGAUUUGGCAGCCAGCACCACCGAGUCGCCAGCGAAUCAAGAGACUUUGACGGACUUGGUAGUCAACACAACGAAAUCCCCACAGCCUCUGGCCAUAACCCUCCGCUUACUGCAGAAUGCCGGGCCCUGUUAUCCUUAUAUGGUCUGCUACGAGGGAGCGGGCCUGGCCAAGACCUGCACGCCCGCCCAGCUGGUGUCCUGCGCUCAGAGGCAACCAGCCAGAUCCAUCAGCUGCCUAACCGGUGUCUACGGCUUCAUACCGCAUCCGAGCAAUUGCGCCUACUUCUACUACUGCUCCAACGGCUACAAGAUCAUCCAUCGCUGUCCCCUGAACUACACGUGGAACUACGAGCAGCGCUCCUGCGUGCAGAGAUCCCAGCAGAAGUGCUACAGCCAGGCACUAAGACUGCGGAAGCGAUAUCCAUCAAAGCCAUUGCCGAACACGGCGCAAUGAUUGGAGGCCUUAUC